AUGCAGUCGAUCAUUACCUUUGCAGGCUUGGCCUUUGCCAACCUUGCUGUUGCUGGCCCUUGCAGGCCCAUCAAGCAGAGCACUAUCUCUUCUGAUCUCGUUUCUACCACUUCGGCUGACGUUACCGUUGUGACCGUUGUUCCCGUCCCUGUCGAGUCUACCUCUGAGGCUGAGGCUGAGACCAGCACUUUCGCUACUGUUGUUAUUCAGGAGACUAGCAGUGCUGCCAUCGAGACCUCUGCUGAGACUACUGCUGAGGUUGAUGCUACCACUACCGCUGAAGUCGAGGCCGAUGCCAACACCACUACAGCUGAGGCUGAGGUUGACACUACCACCACUGCUGAAAUUGAGGCUGGUGUCACUACCACUGCCGAGCUCGAGACUUCCGCCACCACCAGCUACGCUCCCCUCCCCACCGCCGACCAGUCCUGCGAGAAUGGCGGUCUCGACUACGCCAUCUACGAGCACCAGUUCUACAACUCCGACGCUCCUCACUUCUCUUCCUUCGACCCCACCGUCUUCCACACUGCCACACCCACCUACGAGGGCAUCACCGAGCGCAUCGGAAUUCAGCCCGGCACCGACUGGACCAAGCCUUUUACCAUCUACGAGGGCAGCCCCGAGCAGAUGUGGCAGUACAAGGCCGUCGACCACCGCGGUUUCCUCUUCGCCCCUGAGACCGGUACUUACAAGGUCACUGUCCCCAACUCUGAUGAGAUCACUCUUGUCUGGUUCGGCAACAAGGCUAUCUCUGGCUGGACUCGCGAGAACGCCGAUCUUGAGCAGGAUUACCCUGGUGGCACUUCCCGAUCUUUCGAGGUUGAUCUUGAGGAGGGUACCUACACUCCUUUCCGUCUCCUCUGGGCUAACGCUCAGGGUGAACUGAACUUUAUCGCUGAGGUCCAGGCUCCUGGUGGCCAGGUCAUUGUCAACGGUGAUGGUGCUGAUAAUGCUUACCUCGUCCGUUAUGCUUGUGACGGUACCACUCCUGAGUUCCCUGACUACUAA